AUUAUAACAACAGUGUGGCAGAGUGCCUCCACUAAGGGGCAGACUGAGGUGGUAGCACAGAGAAGGGUCAGCUCAAGGUGGGGGAAAUACAGGAAAGCUAUCUGUAUGAGGCAGGCAAAGAAGAGGGGCAGAAGUGUGACAGGCCAGAGGACUGGAACAAGCAAAUGUAUGUAAAUGAGAAACAGUACUCUGUGUGUGUUGUGUUGGACGGGAGGGCGCUGCAAUUAGACUGAGAUUAGCUGCUUCAAGUUUGAGAUAGACAACAGAGGUAGCUGAAGCUACCUAGGCAGGCAGUCUCGAAGUCUAGAAUUUGGAUUUUCUUUUUUCCACCCUACAGAUAGUUCAUACUUUUCUUAGGGUUAUUUUCUAGACAGUGUAACCUGAGAGUUAAGAGCCCUUCCUAGCUCAUUAGUUGUUAAUCCACACCUUCUCGCCUAGUAUUCUUCAUAGGGUGCUGGGAUUUCUCGGAUUGUUGUGUGCAGGUCUAUAAGCCCUCUACAAGCUUGAGUCUGAUUCAUUCUUCAUAUAUGCAUAGCAAAUAUCUUUUCCCAGGUUGUAUCUUUCAACUUUAUCUUUGCUAUGGUUAUUGUGCAUAAAUUUAUUUUAGAUAAUCAUAUAAAUGAUCCUUAACUUCCUGUUCUGUGAUUUGCCCAUUUUAUUUAAGCACUCUAGCCACACCCCACUGUCAUAAAAUUAUUCUCCUGUUCCACCUUUCCAUCUAUGUCUCUGUCUCUAUAGCUAUCUAUUUCUGGGAUCUUUAGUCUUGUGGUAUUUUUCUUGGCCCCAGGUGAGAUACAUUUUGGAACAAAGGGUCACAGUAGGAUAUAAUUAAUGAGAAAGUCCAAAAGUUCUGAAUGGCAGGCUAAGAAGGAGUGCAAUAUCUAUUUUACAGGUGAAGAAACAAACAAAAAAAGAGGUCAAGAGGCCUUCCCCAAGGUCAAAGAUCAAGGAGAUGGCCUCCUCAGGAAUCUACAAACUGGAUGAUGGGAACGCUUACCUGAACAACUGCUUUCCAGCCAAAAAUCUGCUUCGGACGCCAAAGGAAGGCCGAGGACACUGGUUAGUGGCUCGGAAAUGUAAUGUCAAGAAUAAGUCCAAGGGUGUGGUUGAGGCACCAGCUGAAGGUCAGGAAAGCCCAAAGAAGGUUUCUUCUGAGGUCCGGGGGAAGAAAAGGUCUCAACAGGGAAACCAAGAGGACAUUCCUGGACGUGUGCUGGACCAGGCUUUCCUGCUGAAGCACCACUGCGUGAGGAAGCCAUCAGACCUGUGCAAGAUUAAUGUGAGUGGCCUGAAGUUCUCCAAGGCUAAGGAAAAGGAUUUCAAGCAUUUUCAUUCGGUGAUUUACAUCAAUGCCUCAGAAAACCUGCUGCCUCUGGAGGCAUUUCACACGUUUCCAACCUUAAAAGAACUGGAUCUCGCAUUUAAUGGCAUCAAAACCAUCUAUGUGAAAUAUGGAGACUUUAAGUUCUUGGAAUUCCUGGACCUUUCCUUCAACAGCCUGACUGCAGAGGCCAUCUGUGAUCUGGGGAUUCUGCCACACCUCCGUGUCUUGCUGCUCACGGGCAAUGGGCUCACCAACCUGCCACCGGAUUUGGCUGUCGCAGAGCAGGAGGCAUCUGUAACAUCACUGACAAGCAAGAGGUACGUCCUGAGGUUCCCAGUGCUGGAGACACUGAUGCUGGAUGACAACAAACUCUGCAACCCCAACUGCUUUGCCAGCCUGGCUGGGCUCAGGAGACUGAAGAAGUUAAGCCUGGACCAAAACAGGAUUUCCUGGAUCCCGUACCUACAGCAGGUUCAGCUCCUCGAUGGAUCAGACAGCCCCUGGAAAGAGUCCCAGUCCACGCUGCAGCCCAAGGCACGGAUGUUUGAGGCCUCAGAUGAGCAGCCAGAUGAUUCUGUACUGCCCAUGAAAAACGACGUUGACCAGAUGGAGGUUGUGUUCUCAUCUCACCCUGGAUUUUCAACCUCAGAGACAACCAAGGUAUGUGCACUGCCUCCCAUAUUCAAGAUUCUUCCUGUGAAGUCACUGAAGGCCAGGAACCAGACGCUGGCCCAGCCCUUUCCAGAGCUGAGGUACCUUAGCCUGGCUGACAACAAGAUCUCAAAGGAAGAGUCCAUCCUGCCAGCAGCUCUCUUCCCAUCUCUCUGCGAGCUCAUCUUUCAUAACAACCCUCUGGUGGCCCACACACGAGGGGUCCCUCCACUACUGAAAAGCUUCCUCCAGGAGCGACUGGGGAUCCACUUAAUACAAAGGAAGAUAGUAAAGGCUAAGCAUCAUAUUUUGAUGCCUCAGAAGGACUCGUGGAAGGUGAAAGCCCAAGUUCCAAAGGUGCCAAAGCAGCCACUGAGGCUCUGUCACCCACCUGUGACCACGAUCAAGUCUCCCUCAAAGAAGAUGUUGCAGUCAGUGGCAGACACAACUAAAGAGCUGUCCACUGUCCAAAAUGCCUCCCUGGAGCUGGAGAUGCCUGCUGAGGGCAUACGGGGCCUUUCCUUGUCCCACCAGACAUCUGUGCCACCGCCUCCCAUCUGCUCUGACUCCACUGUGCAUAGUGAAGAGAUCACACCCUGCUGGAGUGACACAGCAGGCCACCUCAGUCCAGAGCACCAGUCAGAGGAGGACACCAAGAGCACAGAGUCUAUAUUCCUGACCCAGGUGAGUGGGCUGCCUCCAUCCAUCCUGCAGAAGGAUGAUUUGGAGAUGAAGGAGAAAGACCAAAGAUCACCAUGCACAGCUCCCAAAAAGGUGAAGAGGCCUCGGAGGAAGCUCCCACCUGCCUCCCUCCCCAGCAAGUACCAUGGCUAUGAGGAGCUACUCACAGCCAAGCCUGAUCCAGCCUUCACUGAGCCAAAGGGAAUUCAGAAGAACGCUCAGGCCCUGCAGUACAUGCUGAAGCAUCCACUGCCGAGCCACUCUCCCAAGCCCAAGCUUAACACUCCUUGGAAACCCUUUGUUCCUAAGGAAAAACGGGCCCAGAGGAUCCCUAUUCCACCCCCACAGAAGACUCGAGCCCAGCUGCUGGAUGACAUCCUCAUUCGCAUGCGGGACACCAGGAACAUUACAGAGGCUCCGCUAGGAGCUGUCCUGUGCCGGCGUGCGGAGCAGCGGCUGGUGAACCAGCAGCAGUACUUAGAGGCCAAGCGGCUGUUGAAGGAGUUUCAGGCGUGCUACCAGCGGCAGGUGCACUGCUCACUGCGGACAGUGUUUGGGGACACAGUGCCGCCCCCAGCACGCCCUGCACUGAGUGAGGGCCAGCCUAAGUCAGGCCGCUUCCUCGAGUUCAUGGAUGAGCUCUGCCAGGAGCCCACAGCCAGUGAACCGAAAGGCUAGCACGGCACGCAGCGCCAUACACUCCCCCAGGGCUCUGUGCCCUCACCUGGGCCUCGGGCUGGCUGGACCUGGCUCGGGCCUUGAAGCACCACUCAGCCUUGCUUGCUGGCCCUGGAACAUGGGGAGCUCAUCAGGCCCUCCCCUCCCCAGCCGGGACAGGACCCAGCAGUAAUAAAGAGUGAGUGCAUAGACCAAGGUAGCCUGCAUUCUUUCUUGGAGACUGGGCUUGGAUGUCAGGCUGGAGAAAGAUCCCCUGCUGAUGUUCAUCCCUUGAGUCUUGUGGGAAACUUGCCUGAGUCACAGGUGUCCAACAGAGUUAUGAUACGCGCUGGGAUGGAAAACAGCAGAUUGAUGGAACAGAGAAGUUAACUGGCUCAUGGGCUGGCCAAUAAAGUGUGUGUUUGGGGUGGGGCUGGGGCAGGAACUGAAGCCUCCAGGCCCCAAAAAGGUGCUUUUUCUGUUGGGCAGGUUUUCCCAUUGUGAAGGCAAAUGUGAGGGGGAAUGGGAUUGGAACUUCCCUUAUCAGGCCAUGGCCUCAAAGUUGGGACAAACUGGGUAGAGGGCUUACUUGGAGUUUCCCAAAGUCCUCUAUUCCAGGACAUAAGCUGAAGUUCCAUAUGCAAAGACAGUGGGCUGUGGCUCUCAGACCCCAGGGCUGUGCAAGGUCAACCUGGGCUCACAGUCAGGAAAUUGGUUCUGGCCAAGGCAGCCUGUGGCAUUGCCUCAUUCUAGUGAGUGCCCAGCAGUCAGCAGCAGCUACAGAGGGUCUAGGGAAGGCCACUGGGGCUGAAUUCCAGAGAUGUGCACUUGAGGACAUGGAUGCUGGGCGUGAUAGUCACCUAGGCAACCCUUGCUCCUAAAGCUGCUCUCCUGGAGGUGCCUACAGUUCAGACCUGAGGAGCAGAGCUGCAGUUUCCAGGGCCCAGGGGUCCAUGGCACAAGGAUUAAGGAUCCUCAGCAAGGUACAAACUCAUAAAGCCUACAUUGCUAUUAAGGUGAUUAUAGAAAUAUAGUGUUGUAGCCACAGGUCUGACAGAAGCAUGGUGGAGUGUUAGCUAUAUUGCGAGUGUGAGACUCUACUAGGACACAGAAAUAUUUGCAUACUAUCAUACUCGACCACACAGUCUCACAUGUGUGGCCAGUUAUUAUUUAUACCUAGCUGCAGUCAUACCAGACACACACAUUCACAUCUGUACUGUCACAUGCAGUUACAUACACAUACCAAGUUGCAAAGUCAGUUAUACCUCCCCAUCACACAGGCACCCGGACAGACCCAGGUAAUAAAGCGUUACCCACAGCGGCACCCGUGCACAGGUAUGGUGCUACUUGCCACCUCAGAUCUCCCGGGGCCCAAAACCUCCAUUCCAUGAGGAGGGGAGACCCAUUCCACCAGUCACAUGAACCUCACUAGGUCCCACUUGUGGGGAACUGGAGUGCUCCUUUCAGCCAGAAACACAUUGAACUGAAGGCUCAGGCUUGAAAGGCUCCUGGGAACAGCCUCUCAACGGCGAGGCAGGAAGCCUCUUGCAAUCUCCCCAACAAGCCACUCAGCUCCUGCUUGCUUAUCCAGUGACAGGGAGCUCAUUCCUUCCUGUGCUGGGAAAGCUAUCAGGCUAAGCUAUCACCAGAGUCCCUCAGUAGUACCUGCUCUGCCUUUAGGCCAUGAGUGUUUUUGCUUUCUCUGCCCAGCUAGGUGAACCUUCACAGACGUGAGAACAUCCUUAAGAGACUACACUUAUCCAGGCCAAACACUCCUUAACCUUGUUAUUCCACACAGGAGACCAGCUGAAUAAACUGGCUGCCUCUUCUGGACUUGCUAAGUUUUGGGCUUUUCCCUCUACUCAUGAGUCAGUAGUCCAGUAGUGUCCAAUGCAGCACACAGCAGCAUGCCCACUCCCUUUUCUUGCUAGGACAUUCUUUUAUACAGCCUACCAUUUUAUCUGCCUUUUGCUCAUUCCUAAGACCAAUGGCAUUACACCUUCGGCUUUAGUGAAACCUUAUCGGUAGACUACAACCUCAGAACUACUUUCCCUGUCAUUACUGAAACUCACCUGUAGUGGCCAGUGCAAGACUUCCACUUUAUCAUCUUAGUCUCAGCCUGGAGCUCCAGGCUGCCAGAAUCAUUCUGCUUUCCUGAUUGUCAUGAAAAGCUUUCCCAUCUUAGAGGCUGUUUACAGUGAGCAUACCAGGUGUUGGCACUCUCUCCCUCAUCUAUAAUCAAAUUAUAUCAAUGUAGAACUACCUGGAAGGAAGCCACUACCCAGCAACUGCUGCUCUUCUAGGAAGACCUGGGUAAGCAGACCACAUGGGAGCUGAUGCUUCUUACUCACUCAUCCUUUCAGCCUCUGCUCAGGUAUGUCCUUGAACUUUCCUCCCAAACUGAUGGGCUUUCCUUCUUUGUGACCCAGUAUGACCUCAAUGGGCAUCACAUUAUACUGUUAUACCAAGAACUGAUUAUACCUCUGGUGCUCAGCCCAGGGCCUAGGGCCAGGAGGCACUAAGAUAUUUCAAAUUGAAUGAAUGUGCUAGGAGGAAUGGGAAGUGGCUCAUGCUGGCUGUCCCAACAGGAUUAUACACAUUGUACACAGCUAUGGUUAAGGUGACUAGAAGCCAGUGCUGGGCAUUCCCUUAAAACCACCAUGUUCCUGUCAAGAAAAAAACUAUACUCCAACAUGCCUAGUGAUACAAGUAUGCUAGGCAGGAUAUCAGACCACUCACUUACCCUCCCAAGCAGAUGAACUGCAUUGCUGAAAGCCGUAAUAUCAUUUACAAUCACUUGUCUCCAUUCUUUUCUACCUCAGAAGUAUUCCAAACUUAGUCACAUCACUACGGUUCAAUUUUUAACCCUCUCUUAUUUGUAGUAUGAUACAGGGCAGGUCAUUUAACCUUACCCAUAGCAUCAAUGGGGUUUUCAAUCUCUAUGGGUGCUUCAGGUGUUAAAAACACACUUUGAGGGUUCUAGAGUGCAAAUUUCACAUUCUUGGUUUCCUGAGCUUUGUGCUUUUGAAGAGACAUGACCUAUUCCUUGUCUCAGUGAAUAAAGCCUCAGACUAGAUUUGUCAAAUGAAUGGGGAUUCACAAUCAAGCCGCCUAAUCAAGGUGGCUUUUGGGUGGCAGCCACCCUCCCUAUUACCAGCACAUUCUCCCCAGCACAUCUACCACUAGAUGCUUCAGCCCCCUGGGCUGGCUCUUACCCAAAGUUCCCUUCCUUCUCCAUAAGCAGAUGGGAAGCUGGCUGCCACUCUUCUGAGCCUUCUCCAACCUUCUAACAAGAGCAAACCAGAAGAAAUCAUUUCUCCCACCACCAAAAUUAAGCAGGCCCCUCCCGUUUUCCUAGUCGCUUAUCCAAGAUGCCAGUGAGUGCCUGGGGAGAGCUGGGGUAGCCAGAGGGGAGAGAACUGAUUUAGAUGCUGAUUGUGCCUUACAAUCCUUGCUACCCAGGUUACCUCCCAUCCCUACAGUGGCUGCAGAGGACAGGCUCUGAUCUCUAGUCCUGUCAGGCCCACAAAGCAACUGGAACCAUACUGUUAGCCAAGGCAAGUGGAGGAGGAUGGCACGGUCCUGAGGUUGACCUGGGCCAGGGCAACAGGAAAAGCCAUCAGUGGCUUUGGAGUCAGAGGACUCAGCUUCCAGGCUGUGUCAGGAACACUUUCCAUCUGUAAACUCUCUAAUGUAAUGCACCAGGCUAUUAAUGAGUGUGGUAUGUAGACUAUUUUCUUUUACUUCAGGGCCAUGAGACAAGUUUUUACAUCUCCAACUAGCUGCCCUGUUUCUUGCUUAUCAUUCUAACAACUCUCCUUUGGAAGAGCUUGGGCCAGAUUUCAAAGAUCCCUCAAAUUCUGGUUUACCAUGUAUGGCAUGAGCUCUUAGAUCAGUCCUUUAAAUUGACUUUAUAAGUUUAGAUGGGAAAGGAAGACAUUUGUUCUCUGUUGGAUGAGAACCUGACACCAAGAGAACUUUCAUGCAUUUCUGAGCAAUGGUUUCCAAAAGAGGGAAUUUUAAAACAUCAGAUGUUCUAAGUACACUCCUAAUGUGCAAGGACAAGGUCCUCCUAUACAUUUGUUCUCUAUUCAAACUCUUUCUGGUGCCUUCAUGUUGAAAAUGAGAAUGAGAGCUAUAAAUUGGAAAUAACUUAGAACUUCAAAGAUGUAAUUGUACACCAUGGAAACACCAUCCCACUCUUUCUCCU